AUGACUUCUCUCAAUUUAACAAAAUCACAAGCUCAACCAAACAUCAUCUUACCGCAAGUGCUCAAUCGUGCACCAGAAGGUACAAAGGUGUUUGUUUUACCCGUUGGUUUUCUGGCAGCAGAUGCGGGUUGGUUCUUACGUGGUGCCAAUACCUCAACGGCCAGCAAUCCUGCCGGUCCAAAUGGCAAACCCGAACGUCGUGAUUUGGUAAUGUACGUUGUACUGAUCGAUCAUCCAACCGAAGGUUUAAUUUUAUGGGAAACAGGUUGUGGUCGUGAUUAUCCAGAGGUUUGGGGUAUGCCCGUUGCUGACAUCUUUGCUCGUUCACGUUAUGAACCUGAACAUGAAUUAGAUGCUGCCAUUGCAAAGGUUGGCUAUCAUAUCGAUGAUGUCAAACAAGUCAUCAUUGGUCAUUUGCAUCUCGAUCAUGCUGGUGGUUUGGUUCAUUGGAUCGGUAAAGACGUUCCGAUUUGGGUGCACAAGGUUGAGCUUGAAAGUGCUUUCUAUUCUGCUGCAACGGGUGCUGAUGAUGCAGUAUAUCAAAAGCAUUACCUCAGCUUGGACUUGAAUUGGAAGGUAUUCGAUGAUCGUGAAUUGGACAUCUUUCCAGGUAUGACUUUGCAUUGGUUACCCGGUCAUACCGCCGGUUUGUGUGGCUUGCAAAUCAAUCUGAUCGAAAGUGGGACGUUUGUCUUUUUAUCCGAUCAUGCACAUGUGCAAGAGAAUUAUCAUGGCACUCCACAAGGAUGGCUCGCUCGUGAUCAUCAAGCAUGGUUCUCAAGCAAUGAAAGAGUUAAACGUUUGGAAAAAGCUACUGGAGGAUUGAUCGUUCCUGGUCAUGAUGAAAAAGUAGCAACGCCUUUGUUCGGUAAGGUCUUUAAGUGA